AUGCCCCAGUUUGGAUGGGAAUCGUCCGAGGCUGGACGGGAAGAGCGAGAGGCCGUCCACGACAAGGAGCAACCGCAGCGCUCGCCGCCCCCGCCUGUUGAAAGGAAAGCGCCGUCGCCGUCAAACGGACGCGCCGAGCAUCAAAACACAGGAUCACAAUUCGCUCAGCAAUCAUCAGACCAAUCCGAGCUGGUGAUAGACCCCGCUCUUCGCAGCAACACACCUCGCCAGACGACUGAAGCUGAUAAGAACGCCGCUGGACGAGGCCACUCUCCCCCACCCAACGUGUCGAUGCCCCUUCGUGCCGUCGAGCCGUCGUCGUUCAUGUCUUCGUCACACCGUCGACCCCAUUUUGAUGAUAGCCAUCGGCUGCCAUCCCCGCCCACGUCGAUUACAGCGUCUGGCGUCCCGCACUCGCACUCGCCGUCGCCAUCAGUUGCUUCGGCUGACCGUUCAUCAGCCUCGACUCCGUCCGUCCGUCGAUCGCCCCCGCAAUCUUCUAUGCCCCCUCCUCCCCAUCUAUUCCAGUCCUCGUAUCACCACGACCCGUCCAUCAUCCAAUCAUCAAGACAUCACGAACACUUUGCACGUGCGGACCACCCAAACCAUACUCCCUACAUAUACGCUCCUCCCCCUCCUGCUCCCUUUGAUCACCGUUACGACCAUUCCCAUCCAGUUAAUCACUCGCCCUAUUCGACCACCGGUAUCCCUGCCCACUUCCCCAUCCCUCCCCCUAUGGCACAUCACCCGCCCCCGAGCUACGGCCACCCCUACCCACAACCCGGGCCCCAGCCCCAGGUACAGAUCGUCCACACCGACGACGCAGCCACCAAACUCAGCGACAGGGUCCGCCGCCGCUGCUUCAACUGCUGCACCACCGACACCUCCACCUGGCGCCGCUCCAACCUCAGCCCCGGCAAAGUCUUGUGCAACAAGUGCGGCUUGUUCGAGCGUACGCACUCGCGUCCCCGACCGGAGCAGUUCCCGCAUAAGCGCGGUCCGCUGGCUACGGCUUCGUUGCAGCGCCGUACGCCUCCCGCGAACAAUGCGAACCCGCACUUUGCGCCCCCGCCCCCGAACACGCACCUCCCGCCUAUCGCGCCGCCGUACCAGUACACCCACCCCUCCAUCCCCCCUUUGAGUAACAGCAACAGCAGCAGUGGCAAUAAUACCAAUAAUAACAACUCGCAGCAGCAGGAGAGGAGGGAUGUGCAUCCUCACCAGCACCAGCACCACCCACACCAUGCGCCGCCCCCGCCUCCCUCGGGAGGUGGUGGACUGCCUGGACUGCAGUCGUGGCAUGGCCAGCACCCGAGCAAUGGCCCGAGUGAGGGCGGGUCGCCGCAUUUGGGACAUAACCCCAACACUGCACCCAGCAACAACGGCAAUGGCCACUCGACUAGCAAUGGGCAGGGUAACGGCGGUGGUGGUGGUGGUAGUGGAAGUGCCCCGCACUCGAGGAGGCCGAGCGAUGGAGGUAAUCCUGGAGGCCCCGGUGAAGGAGGAAGUAACGGAGGGAAUGGGGGUGGAGGAGGUUCGUCCUCCCGACUCCCAACUCCCCCGCCCCCGAUGAGGCCUGGUGAGCAGCGGGACGGCGGUGCGCCGAUCUCGAGUGCUCCGCCUUCGUCGGCUGCUAGGGAGACUGCGGCGUAG